UAGUUACCCAAUAAAUGGUACAACACACGUCUGUGUCCACCCCCAUAGAACCUCCCUCUAGAUGAAAUGUGUCAAUCGACUGGUGACAGACCGUGUAUUCUGGACAUAUGCAGGUUCUCAGCUGAGGGUAUCUUUGUUUAUGUAUGUGUGACCCUGUCAGACUGCUGAACAAGAGGUCAAGGCAAAGGGAGUCUACACAACUACGCAAGCAAGACGUCGGGUCCAUCCAGACGUCCUCCAUCAGCGCUGAUGACGUCUCCACUGCUUCGCCCAUCAUUACAUCACUUCCUGUCGCUGAGGCUGUUGGGUACUGCGGCCCCAAAGGCGGUGGAGCGGUUGGCAGUGGCAGCGGACGCCCUCCCCGUGGCGUUGAACUUUGAGGACCCCAGCGCCUUCAGGGUAAAGAGCUUUGGGGAGCUGCUCCGAGCAUUAGGGGUGUUCCAACUCUGCUCUGUCCCAGUGCUGGUCAACAACUGUGGGAAGCUCAUGUCUGUAGCGCGGACUCUGCUCGGGAAAAGGGGGUUUGCCCUGUUCCUGCGGCCCUCUGUAUAUGCUCAGUUUGUGGCCGGGGAGAGCGAGGGCGAGAUCACCCAUUCCAUGGAGAAGAUGAGCUCCCUGGGUCUCCGCCCCAUGCUGGCUGUGCCCAUUGAAGAGGACCUGGGAGAGAGCACUGGGGAGCGACGGUACAACGACAACCUGGCGUCCAUGUUGGAAUGUGUCGACAUGUCCCAUAGCAAUGCAUGGAGCAAAGAUCCCAUGAUGCAGCUGAAGAUCACUGCCUUGCUCAGUCCAGAGCUGUGUGUGAAGCUUUCAACCCUGCUCUCAGAACAACAGUAUGACCUAGACCUCCUAGUCAGAGCCAUGGACGGAGAGCCAAUCAGCUUCCCCGGUUUACAGGAGAGCGAGAACACACAUUUCCUGUGCAGCCUUCAGAGGCUCAACAAAGUGGGAGAGGCCAGUGCCAACAAAGUGCGAGUUCUGGUCGACGCAGAGUAUACAUACAUGAACCCCGCACUCUCACUCGUCACCAUGGCCAUGAUGAAGAAGUUCAACCAAGAUGGCGCCUGGAUCUGGAACACCUACCAGUGUUACCUUAAGGAAUCGCGGUCUCUCCUGCUCGAGGACGUCCGCCUGUCCAUCAGCGAGUCCUUCUGUCUGGGUGUGAAGCUUGUGAGAGGGGCGUACAUGGACAAAGAAAGGAAACUGGCCAAUAGUGAGGGAUGUUCAGAACCUGUUCACGAAUCCUGGGAGCACACCAAUGACAGUUAUAAUGGCUCCUUGGACAUCCUGCUGGAGCUCAUCUCCCGGGACCCUCAGCGCUAUCGGAUCAUAGUCGCCACGCACAACGAGGAGUCCGUCAGGCGUGGAGUUCAACGGAUGGGAGAGCUGGGAAUAGACAAAGAUGGUGGAUCUGUGUGUUUUGGUCAACUGUUGGGGAUGUGUGACCAUGUGUCUCUCACUCUCGCCCAGCAGGGUUACUUGGUGUACAAGUCGGUGCCGUAUGGCUCGGUGGACAACACCCUGCCCUACCUGGUGCGCCGUGCCCAGGAGAACCGUACCGUGCUGCAGGGCAUCCGCAAGGAGAGAGACCUCCUGAGACUGGAGCUCCACAGGAGGCUGCGGCAGGGGCUCAGACAGGGAAGCUAGGGGUAGGAACGACGGGGAAGCUAGGAGUAGGAACGACGGGGAAGCUAGGGGGUAGGGACGACGGGGAAGCUAGGGGUAGGGACGACAGGGAAGCUAGGGGUAGGGAUGACAGGGAAGCUAGGGGUAGGGAUGACAGGGAAGCUAGGGGUAGGGACGACAGGGAAGCUAGGGGUAGGGACGACGGGGAAGCUAGGGGUAGGGACGAC